UAUGAUCCGUGGUGUCCAUUGGUUUGUUAUAAUUCUUGGAAUAUUUCUUAUUUCCAUACAAGAUACAGAAGAAUCAAAAAGAAAGAGUAUACAAUAUUUCAGUACAGAGCACCCCUGUAUUGUGUACCGCGACCCAAUGGUUUCUGGGUUUGUAAAUAUCACCUCACGACGUCACAGCCGCAAGGACCCCUUCUACUAUGUUGAUUUUCAUAUAAAUUUGCUCGUGUCAAUUGGCAACAAUGUCACAAUAAGCUUUUAUUUCUUCGAGUUCCUCACCAAUCAGUAUAAACGCGGUUUCAUUGAGAUGCACAUGGGCCUCUGUGAUCUAAUAUUCAAGGAUAAAUUUUUCGGCACUGCUUUAAAAAGGCAUUUAAAUUCGACAAUACUAGAACAUUGUCCUUUGCCUAAGGGUGAUUACCACUUUCACAAUAUGACUAUUCCAUUAGAACAGGUUCCGAGAGGAUUCCCGUUCACAAAAGGACGCAUUUAUGCCAACGCUACCAUUACUGGAACAGACAAAGUUGUUGGAAGUGCAUAUAUAGAUUUGGAGUUGAAAACGGCGUGGGUGGAAGAUGCUGGUUAG